GGAAACCUGCGUUCUGGUCUGCUCCGCGCUCUGGAUAAAAAAAAAAAACGAAGCACAGGCGCGUAAACUGCAUCCAGGCUUUAUCCCGGGAUAUUUACAAAACCUUCCUAAGUCUGGAGAAUAAUAACGGAGAGGAUUGCCGCAAAACACAAAUCCCCUCCUGCCACCUUAACGAUGGGAUCCAUACCGGCUUGAAAAUUCCUGGUCUGUAGGCUCCAGGAGGACUGGGUUUAUGCUGAAACCAUGAACUCAUUGUAUGCUCCAGCUGACUCCAGCGAGCUCUGAUCUCCACACUCAACAGCUCCUUCACUCGUUUGCUCCCUUUUUCCUUCUGCUAGCAACUCCGAUUAAAGAAAGAUCACAAUUGGAUAACUCGUCCCCCCCCUUCCCCCGUCCCCCCCGUCCCGAAGCGUCUGGCUGCAGCUCAGAUUUCCUGGAAAUUGCUCUGAGAUCUGGAUUUCUACAGACGGAGAAUUUCUAUUUUCAGUCCAGGAUACACCGAGAGGCUUUUGAAGAAAACGGCUGUGUUUGAAAAUUAUCAUAUUCCCCCUCCUCUUUUACUCUCCCGCUAUUCCUCAUUCUUUUCCUCCAAGUCCCAGAGGCACCAACUGAUGGAGAGACGGAGGAGAGAGUCAGGAUAAGGACAAGAAUUAGAGCAACAGAGAGAAGAGAACAAAACUGCUGAAUCGUCAGGAACAUUGGAGAAGAGGCCCCUGUGAGGAUUACUUUACCCGGAGAGCUGCAGAUCCCCGUUUAAAGUGAUAUCUGUUUGAAUUGUUGUUUACAUUUGAAAACUGUUAGCCACAGUGAAGCUAUCCUCUGUGGUUCAGUAAACCUGUAAGGUAUUUAUAAGAGAAGGGGCAACUAGGGAACUUUGAGUAUGACAACGGGGUUGAGAUUCCCGUGUUGGCCCCUGUGGCCCCUGGCCCUCCUCAGCCUGCUCACCACAGUGAAGAUGCUGGAAUUUGGCGGGGCGCCCGGCCAGUGGGCACGCUACGGACGCUGGGAAGCCGGAUCGGUGGGCGAGCUGAGCUUCAGCCUCAAAACCAACAUCAGCAAAGCCUUGGUACUCUACCUGGACGACGGCGGAAACUGCGACUUCUUGGAACUGCUGAUCGCCGGCGGGCGCCUCCAGCUGCGAUUCGCCAUCCACUGCGCCGAGCCGGCCACUCUGCACAUGGAGACGAGGGUGAACGACGACCGCUGGCACAUGGUCUUGCUCACGCGCAACUUCCGCGAGACCCUCCUGAUGGUGGAUGGGGAGACCAAAGUGGCCGAGGUCAAAUCCAAGAGGAAGGAAAUGGCGGUGGUCAGCGACCUGUUUGUGGGCGGGAUCCCUCCUGACGUCCGCCUCUCCGCUCUGACGUCGAGUACGGUGAAGUACGAGCCGCCGUUCCUGGGUUUGAUCUCCAACCUGAAGGUGGGGGAGAUACCUCCUACCCUGUUGAAUAGCCAAGGCAUCCAAAGUGACCUGGAGUACCUCUGCACCAAACAGAACCCGUGCUUCAAUGGAGGGUUCUGCUCGAUUCAGUAUGGAGAAGUUCACUGUGACUGCACGCACACUCGCUACAGGGGGAAGUACUGCAAGGAAGCUGAAGAGUAUGCUGUUGAAGGUAAGACUGAUGCUUUGCUCUCCAGGCCCUCUGACGGCUUUCCUCAAUGCUGUCAUGGAUGCUGA